CUCGUCGGGGCCUCGAUUAUCAGCUGAGCCGCAGCACCGGCCCAGGUGCGCCUCCGCGCCGCUCCCCGCCUCCCGCCCGCCGCCGCCCGGCCCCCGGGAACUACUUCGCCCCCGGGCAGCGGCCAGCCGCGGGCACGUGCGCGGGACCGGCCCCGCCGCCCCCGGGCUCCGUCUCACAUGACCCCCGCAGCCCCCGCAGCCCCAGCCGCCCGCUCCGCUCGCCCCCCGACUCGGCCUGCGCUCGCCCGCCGACCCCUUGGAGGAACCAGGAAGGGGACGGCGCUGCGGCGGCCGGUAUCCCUCCGCCGGGGUCACCCCCGCCCCUGCGAGCGAGCAGGAACUGCUUCCCCGACGGGUCACGGGGCUCCGCGGCGCGAGGCCGGACGCCCGGGCUGCCCGGGGAGCCCUGGGGACGCAGAGACUGGGGGGACGGGCCCCCCCACAAUGAGAAAAAACCCCCGGGCCGCGCCGAAGCCCGGCUCGAUUUCCCCUCCGGCUGCGGCCCCCUGACCCCGGGAAGCCCCGCCCCUUCCUGGUUGUCCUGGCGACGGCGGCGGCGUCCCAAGAUGGCGUCGUGGCUGCCGGAGACGCUGUUCGAGAUCGUGGGCCAAGGCCCGGCGCCCAGCAAGGACUACUACCAGCUGCUGGUCACCCGGUCCCAGGUAAUCUUCAGGUGGUGGAAAAUCUCUCUGAGGAGUAAAUAUCGAUCAACAAAACCUGGAGAAGCAAAAGAAAAUCAUGAGAACUUCCUAGAGAAUUCACAUCUUCAAGUCCAGAUUGCCUUAAUAUUUGGUGCCCGAAUAUUAGACUAUGUCUUCAAUUUAUGCGAAGGUAAAUUUGACUUCCUUGAGCGGCUCUCAGACAGAUUGCUCCUGAAUAUCAUAUCUUACCUGGAUCUUGAAGAUAUAGCCAGGCUUUCACAGACGUCACACAGGUUUGAAAAGCUGUGCUCGUCCGAGGCGCUGUGGGAGGAGCGGGUCCGCCUGGUCUGCGACGCCAUCACCCCGGACAUGCGGGCGCUGGCCAGCGAGAUCGGCUGGAGGCGCCUGUUCUUCACCAACAAGCUCCAGCUCCAGCGGCAGCUGCGCAAGAGGCGGCAGAAGCAGGGUCCCCCGAGGAAGAAGUUGUACUAGGACCUGCUGCUUCUCUUUGUUGAAGGGCGGAGAGCCCAGGCCGGAAUACGGGUGGUUUUGGAUGAUGUGCAGGUGUGCUGUCCCAGAACAAUUUAUGAAGCACUGCAAGUUGAGUAUCUAAUUCAUACACGAAUAAAAUUGUAUUUUACUUAAA